UUUUAUACAUCUUCUUUUGGAACGCCUGUGGCGUAAUCACCUGUGUGUGCGGAAGUGACAGUAGCAGAGCCAGUGCACCUCUGUGCCAACAACCAUUUUGCUACGUGUCAUGUACACAAAUCUAAUUUGUACGAGCGACUGACAACCGUGUCUCUGUCUUUCCAGACUCUUUUUCACAUCUGUUCGUCUCGAGCGUCCAAGCAACAAAAUCAUGCGGCAGUUAAAAGGCAAGACGAAAGAGACAAAUAAACAGAAGAAGGAACGGAAAAAGGAAUUUCUAGAGAACAAGCAGAGAGUGUUCACGGUUGUGUUGCCCACCAUAGCUGCGAUAUUUGUGAUAAUAGCAGUGUAUGUUUAUGUUAAAACCCGUCCAAAACUCAUCGAUGAAUAUUAAUGGCAUACUUCACAUUUAUCAUUCAUUGAAACAAAAUGUAUGCAUAUUUCAACAAUAAUGCGUGGACAAUUCCUAGUUGCAUUUUCACAGGCAUAUGAAGAUUUUUCUAAAAGAAGGCACAUUCCAUCAUUCUCCCUAAAAUACCUUGUACCUAAAUCGUUUUAGAACAAAACAGACUUGGCAGAUUAGUUAUUUGAUUUGAUAAAAGGAUAUUUUUUAAACCUGAGAAUUACGAAAUAUUAAGAUACAAUUAUCAGAUAAGACAGGAGGUGCAAUGUUUUCUACAAAAGCAGGCAACACAAUAUAUAAGAAGAGUUAAGAUAUUUAUAUUACUAUAAUAAA